AUGAAUAAAUUAACAAUCCCCUUUGAUAAUGAGAAUGAUGAAUUUUUUGAUGAAGAUGCAAUUUCAAAAUCAACAAUAUAAGCAUUGAAUAAUUCUUUUAAUAAAGAAUAAUUAGAUGAAUAAAUUGAAAGACCAUUCACACCUUUAGAUGUUUAGAUAGAAAUUAUACCAAAAGAACAAUGUCCACAUUGUAAACGUUAAUUCUUUUAUGGUCGUUUACCAUUACACCUACGUAGUUGUACAGCAGAACAUCCAUUUGUUAAGAAAUCUAAAAAAUAAAAAACUUAAGCUAUUCCUAAAUAACCAACCUUAUAAUCAUGUUCAUAAUGUCAUAAAAAAUAUAGAAAUCUUAAAGUUCAUACAUGUUAAAAUAAAAUAAAAACACUAGAUAAAUAUAAAGUUGUUGCAUAAAUUAAUGAAGAAGAAGAAGCAGAUGAAACUUUAAUUUAAGAACUCUCCUCAAGUCAACCAUCAUUUCUACCUAAAAUUAAAUAAAGAACUCAAAACAUAUUAUCCCGUUCUGUACCUAUUGCCAAAUGUCCAUCAUGUUAGAAGUCUUUUGAAUAAAAAGCAUAUGAAAAACAUAUAUAACUAUGUAUUCGUAUCAAUAGUGGAAAUUAAUUUCAACGUACUAUCUUUUGUACUAAUUGUGGCAAUAAGUUUGCCAAUAAUCAUAAAUAUUGUGGUUCAUGUGGUAAAAAAAGACUUUGA